CGUCCAGUGGUUUGGGCUGUGCGUUCAUAGAUCACUAUGUCAGUCAGUCACCUUUGAGUUAUAUUUAGAUCUGCCCUAUGCGAAAAUUUUUCAUAUUAUCUUAUGGAAAUCCUUGGAGGUGGCAUUUGUCCAGCAGUGGACUUCUGCUGAAACGAUGAUCCAUUAUUACCUACUCGGUUGUUAAUCUGCAGAAUGACCUUACUGUUUAUUGAUGGAUAAAAAAUUGCAAGGGAAGCCCCUACAAACAUUAAUUUUAUUACGUUAUCAUACGGAUUACGGAUUAACUAAUGAUGAUUCAACUAAUUAAUCGCUGAUUGCAAUUUAGUAUAAAUAUUGCAAACUUAAAGAUUGUUUUGUGAUACCUACAUACAAGAUGCGUUGCAUUGUUGUGUUGGUUAUUUUGGGCACUGUCGCAGUCAGUGGGCAAGCCGAUCUUCGGAUCCAAGGAGGCUCAGCCACCAGCAUCGCUACCUAUCCCUACACGGCAGCUUUAUUACUCCGGUCGCCCACUGCUGCCAACUUUAGACUGACUUGCGCAGGAGUGAUUGUCAAUACGAGAUCCAUUUUGACGGCUGCGAGCUGUGUUGCUGGCGAUAGCACCUCAAGAUGGCGGGUGCGGGUCGGGUCGAGUUCCUCAAUCUCCGGCGGUCGUCUCCUGACCAUCAACCUCAUCAGGGUUCACAGCAGCUACAGAGCUGCUACCAGAGACUUUGAUAUAGCGAUGUUGAGGACUACCACCUCUUUUGUGCAGACCCAUCUGAUACGCGCUGCGAGAUUCGCUUCAAGCGGUUAUACUUUGGUGGCGCCACAAACUGUGACUGCUGUGGGGUGGGGGGCAACAGUGUCUGGAGGAGCUCCAGUGUCAACAAUCCGCCACGUUCGCCUGAACAUCAUCAAUCAGACCACCUGCGCUAACAACUACCGCGGCCGAGGGAUCACUGUCACUGCAAACAUGGUAUGCGCGGGCUGGAUCGGCGGCCGAGGACAGUGUACCGGCGACACCGGAGGGCCCCUGGUCCACAAUGGAGUGGUGGUCGGUAUAUUCUCACGAAGCAUCGGCUGUGGACAGGCCAACCUGCCUGGCAUUAACACUAGAAUCAGCCGGUUCGCUGGGUGGAUCACUAUGAAUAGAUUUUAGGGCGGUGUGUUGAUGAAAAUGGAGUCUGCACGCAUAGCAGAAGUUCUGCGCAUAGGUGGAACAUGUUCAAAGAGACGGAGGUUGUGGAUUUUUAGUGGGUAGGCCCUCCCUUCUGGAGGAGAGAGCCUCAUAUAAACCCGCCGGCUGAUCACAGUGGCGGGUAAAUACGCAAUGCAACUCAAUGCGUUUAUAAAUACGCUUACGUCCGUAUCAAGCUUCCACUGCUGGACAAAGCCUUGAGGCUGGUUUUAGUGUCACGCGGACUGUCAGUGCGGAUCGCUCCGCACAGCC